AUGCAUGAAAUGGAGCCCCGCCCUUUCUCUGGAAAAUUCGGCGAGGACGUGGAGGAAUGGCUCACCCACUACAAGCGUGUCAGCAAGUACAACGGCUGCAACUCCACGACUCAGCUCGACAAUGUGGUUCUGUUCUUCAGAGACACUGCGCUACUGAAGCGGCUUCUUCUGCUGUUGGUGUUCUUGGUGCGGACGGUGGCUGAGGAGUCAGCCAACAGCGUCUUACAUCGACAGCAAGACGACCACGGGAACUACGAAUUUGGAUUCAAUAUCGAGGGCCUAUCGUGGGACCAAUUCCAGCAAGAAUCCGGUGACGCACUUGGCCGCAAGACGGGUGCCUAUGGUUUUCGCGAUAACGACGGUCGCCUCAGGCUCGUCGAAUACGUGGCCGACGAGCUUGGAUUCCGGGUAAAGGUUCAGACCAACGAGCCCGGAACUCAAGACACCGCAAUGCCUUCUGCAGUCAUAGACGCAAAGACCCCUGCCUCAAGCGUCGCACCCGAUGCUCCUGCAUCGACGUCGUCUUCGACGCCUCUGGAGAGCACCCGCGAACCCAUCGUGUCUCCGCCGCCAGCACGACUACUAAGACGACUCUCGCCCUUGCCUCCUAUGCUUCCACGCAGCUUGGCUGCGGCCAUGGUAAGCAAGGUUCCCUCCGCCAGUGAGCCAGGUGCGAAAGCCGUGAAAAUCUCGGACCGCUAUGUCGAUGCACAGGAACCGCAGCGAGAGCAAACGUCGUCGUCUCUCAGGCUUCCUCCCACCAAGAGCCUAUCCGAGAAGUUCGAGACUCCGCUGUUGCCCACAGGAGCAGUGAAGAUGGACUCUCACCCUGCUCUUCGUCAGUACAGCCCUAACAUAUUCCAGCUCGGACGACCCGUGUACCUAGGGCAAGCUGCGCCCGCGCCGUACUAUCAGAACCAUCCUCCUCCUAACCAAUACCAUCACUCGGCCGCUGGUCCGUCGGCUGCUGGCGUGCCGUACCCACCGCCGCCUCAGCCGAGAGACAAUCGCGCCAAGGGUGCAGCCCUUGUGCCAAAAGAAGUGAACGGCAAAAUAGUGCCUCAGGUGGCCCUGAUCAGAGCCGACGGCAGCCUGUCGACCGACGAGCCGUACCCAGCCGACGCGUACCCUCAGCGACCGCACCAGGGGCCGCGGCCGCACUCGAACGUGUACCAUAGGCCAGCGUUGCCGCUUCCUGGCUCGCAGCUAUUCUCGAGCCACCAGAACACGCAAAACGUCGGAAACAUAUUUCCCAUCAACACGGUGCACCCAGGGAGUCUAGGCUUCCCUGCGGAGCCAUUCCCAUUUUACGGUCCCGGAGGUUACUACGGUCAGAGUGGCGCGUCGUUGCUGACACCCCAACAACAGCAGCUGCCACCUUCUGUUCCCGGCUACCAGCCGCUUCCUCAAGGGCUCACCGUCAACUACUUCCUAGCCAACUCACUUCCACUUGCCGGCCGCCCAGUGCAAGCAGCGCAGGCGGUCCAACCACAGCCUCGACCCAAUCAACAAUCACUCCUUCCACAGCUGCAGCGGCCCCGCGUCAUCGAUCCAGCAUACCUCUCACAAAGGGUAGAUUCCGUACCUUUGCACGCGGCGCCACUAGCGCCACACCAGUCACAAUCCGUGGUGCCGUCAUUGUCUGAUGGACCGCAGCUGUUGUACGGCCAGAGACUGUACCCGCAAGCUCGCCAGAGCUUCGGCUUUCAGGGAGCCAUUCCUUACCGCUCCUCCCGUGGUGCACCUGCCGUUCAAGAAGAGUACGUGUCGUCGCCUACGCUUGCUUUGCAGGACGACUACGCGCGUCGGCUGCCCCCUUCGUACGCCUCGCCGCAGCGGCAGCACGAGACAGUGCCAGCGGCUUGAGUGGAAGUGUUCCUGUUGACACCCACACUGUACAGACUGGCACGGCACCAGUGCCGUUCGUGGACGAGACCACUAAAUGGGCUACAAGUGGUUCCUAUUUGGAGGUCGCUGCCUAAGACGCCCCGCAUUGUGCAAUCACAUUUUAGUUACGCAUGAGUAGUAUACAGCAGGCGUGCAACGUUUCGCGCAAGUCGGCUGGCAGUGCAUGUCACGUAUCUGUGUACAGAGAUGUGGCGCGUAUUCCUCGAUUGCAUUGACUGCUAGUGUCCUGGGCCUGAAGAGAGUUAGGGCGCUAUGAGGAAAAUAUUUAUGGAUUUAUUGUUUUUCGUAAUCAUUGUGUCCGUCCCAUAAAUGCACAUGACGUUUAAUUCAUGCUCAAAAGCAUCGCCCUCACCUACUUUGCUUUGCUUUACUGUCUUUAUUUAUAGCACGUGGGUGAAACGGCUGUACAUGAAGGAACAUUAUCAGCGGGCUCGCACUUAGCAGAACAGUUUUUAUGCACAUCGAGCAGUCAUCAAAUCAAAGCUUGGAGUCAUGUACGGCAUAUUCGGAGUCAGCGAGAGGUUCAAUAAAACAAAUGUCAAUCAUUACUAUUGAGGUACGGCUACGAGAGACAUCAUCUCAUAGCAGCGGCAAAUAUACUUCCUCACCACGUGCUACCACAAGCUUCCAAAGAUAUACGUAACGGCUAGUCCUCUGCGGGUUACUUCUCAAGUGAAGAAGGUCGAUGCAUUGUGCAAUGCCCUCGCCUGGGUGACCGCUUCCGCUCUUUGACUUUCAAAUCUGGGAGGGAUAUGCUGGACGCCUGGGAUUUAAAUGAGGAUCCGGUCUGUUAACCACGAGGCGGGGCCUUCGGCUGGACAUUGUUUCAGGAUUGAGCUCCCUGAUGCGAGCAAAUCAUAAAUGCAGCAAAGGCUUUUCACAUCAAGGCUGUGGACUCUCGGUGGCGCAAUACCAGAAACAAACGGCGCGGUUAUAGUUCUCAGUUUGUGUACAUUGUGUGCAUGACUAUGUUGUGUUGUAAAUAAAGAAAACAAAACGCUUA